AUGCGAAGAACACGUACCAAUGUCCGUCAGUCAAAAUAUGGCUGCUUCACAUGCAGAAGUCGUCGCGUCAAAUGCGACGAAGGAAAACCAAGCUGCGCGCGGUGCCUUAAGUCUGGUCGGGCAUGCGAAGGAUAUCCGCAAGGAGCAAUCCCGGCCAUUGAGUCGAGCCGGGAAAACGACCGGAAUCACCAUCCUGGAUUCAAUCAAGAUUCUGAAUCCUACCGGUUGCAAGCCUUGGCCUGUGAAGUCUUCUCACGUGGCUUUGUCGGCGCGAGGACAGCAGCCGAAUCAGCAUUGUGGAAUUGCCUGUUGCCUCAACUCAGUUACUCUGUCGAAAGUGUGAAGGAAUCUCUUGCUGCAUUUGGAGCAUCUUAUGAACAUCAGAUGUUAAAACGUCAAUGUGUCGUAUCAAGGCAAGUGCUCAUGAAGCGGACGGCAGCAUCAAUGAAGAAACUACGGGAAGACCUGGUUCAACUUCCUUACGGCCCUCUCCCAAUCCUUGUGGCUUGCGUUUUACUAUCUUGUUCGGAAAUAAUGCAACACAAGCUGAUUGAUGCAUUGGUUCAUCUGCGAGGAGCAUUUUCAACCAUGUCCGUACGCCAUCAUCUUGCGUUAUCCUCGAGAGGAAAUAAAAGUCUGCAAGACGAUGAGAUCUCCUAUCCUUUUAGGAAGCUGGAUCUUCAAGUAAUCACUUAUGCACCCGGUCGGGCACCAGAGCUCCCUCUGUCGGCAACUGAGAAUAUGGCAGACUCACCCAAGGGUCUUUUCACAAUCGACGCUGCCGAUCGCAUACUCUUCCGAAUUCUCCACUCUUGCUAUCAUUUCACGUCUGUGGCUGGACAAUACAAAUAUCGAACAGACGCCGCUGUUCAUGAGUCUCUGGUCAUCGAACAAGGCCGACAUAUUGGCAGGAUGAAUGACUGGCUGUCAUACUAUGCGAGAUGCCAUUGGGACACGAAUGGUCACGAUUCGCAUCAAAAUCGUGCACAUGGGCUGGUGCUUCAAGCGCAGUGUCUUAGCGCAUUGACAUAUGUUUCCAAUAUUUUCGAGCCAUUUGAGCAGGCGUAUGACAAAUACUCGCUCCUGUUCCAACAAAUUAUCGAAUGUGUCGAGAAUGCUUUCCGUGCUAACAACGACACGGACUUGCCAACAUUCAAUCCAGAAAUGGGGAUCAUUCAACCUCUCUUUUGGACAGCUGUGAAAUACCGCGACUCCAAAUGGCGGUCAAAAGCAAUAUCACUUCUUCGAAAGUGUGGACGUGAAGGACCAUGGUGCGGCUAUGUGGAAGCGGUUGUCGCGGCUGCGGUGGUGCGAGCGGAAGAAGAGGCAUCCUUGGGAUCAGCGAAGGCUAUGGAUGGAUCACUUCUUGAAUUCAACAGCAUGUUGCCGCAAGACAUUCUAGAGAGUGCUCGAAUUUCUCGAUGUGUUCUGACUGUCAAGGCAGGCUAUUAUAUUGGUUCUGAGGACCAAGUUGCCCUCACGGUGGACUUGAUGAAUAUGCUCGAAACCCAGCCUCAAGGUAACGUUGUAUUCACCAUCACCUACGAAUUCAUUCCCGGACGUCAUCUCCAGGAAUUCUCAGCAGUCAUUCCCUACUGGUUGGAUGUUGGAGGAUGUGGUUCUUCGGGCGUCCGUGCAUAUCCCGACAGGAAGUUUGAAUAUUCCAGCGAGUUGCUGAAGGGAUGGCCUGAAGGAUCCAUCAUUUUUGCCGGAGGACAUUUGCAUGACGGCGGCACACGCAUUGAGCUGCAGAAGAACGAUCAAGUGGUUUGCAACCUGGAAGCAAGUUAUUCUCAAUAUCGAUACACGUCAGGUGCCGACCAGGCUCCGGCGCACAUUUCCAGCAUCGAAAACUGCCAAUUGCCCGCAGAGGCUGCUCCUGGAGACAAAUGGCGCAUUGUUGCACACUAUGACACCGCCUUGCACCAGCCAAUGGUGAUGAUGGAUGGUUCCCUCGAGCCAGUCAUGGGCAUUAUGCUGGUGUACGUGGCCGGUGCGCAGGCGCCUGUUGAACAGCCCAGGUCUAAAUGCCUGAAUGUCAUUCUUGGUCUGGGAAGCGCAAUGUUUGUUGUCCUUUUGGCUGCUGCCUGGUGUUGGCUCGGCGGACAUUACGAGAUAUGGAAAUAUCGGAAGCUCCCACAGGCAGAAGCGUUUUUCAAGGAGUUCGAAUAG